AUGUCAACAGACAGCAAGCGUGUGAUGGAAACAGGUAGCUUCGGCAGUUCGGCGAGCUGCGGGCCCGUGCGCGUUGAGGCGCUGGCGAUGCGCGACGGCGAGCGGCCCGGUGGCGGACGCAGCGGCGAGCGCGGCGGCCGGCGCGGCGCGCGAGUUGCGCACGGCGGGACCGCGACGUCGCCUCGUCCGCGUUGUGGUGCUCAGUGUACUGAUGUAGGUUCAUGUCCAGCUAUUUCGGUGAAAUGCUAUGUGUGCGGUAACUACGGCCAUUACGCUAGGAUGUGCAAAUGUAAAAAUAGUGUUAAAAAAUUGUAUGAAAUAGAAGUGAAUACAGAAAAAUCUGAUAAUGAUGAUUGUGAGUCGUUUUAUGUAUCUGUGUUCAUGGAUAAAACGCAGAACAAAAUCGGCGGCGAUAACUGGUACGAGGCAUUUAACUCACGAGUUAUACUAAAUAUCGUGAUCAAUCAAGCGGUUGGCACCCUCAUGAAUAAUACCAUUUCUUCAAGAAUUGCGGUCGGAAAAUACAGCAAAGAUUGA